AUGAAGGACGACAUCGAAACGCACCAGACCAGAGUGACCUCUGUCGAGAGCAUCGACGAGAAACUCGUCGACUACAGAGAUGUGGACGCCGCCCUUGGGUUCCUGCGGGCCAAUGCCCAAGCUGGACAGGUGAUUGAUAUUGAUGAGAAGAAGCUCAUGCGAAAGGUCGAUUGGAUGAUCAUGCCGUUGAUGUUUGCCUGUUACUAUUUGCAAUACACCGACAAGACUUUGCUCUCCUAUGCUGCGAUCAUGGGGGUCAUUGAGGACACCCAUAUGCCGUCAAACGGGUUCUCGAAUUUGGCAAUCGCCUUCUAUGUGGCUUUUUUGUUCUGCGAGCCAUUCCAGUCCUUCCUCAUUCAGAAGUUCCCGACUGCGAAGUACUUGGGCUGCAAUGUGAUUCUAUGGGGCAUCGUGGUUUCCCUGAACUGCGUCUGCCACAAUUUCGCCUCCAUCGUCGCCCUUCGAGUCUUGCUCGGGGUGUUCGAGUCCCUGGUCAUCCUCACAGCCAUGUGGUACAAACGGCAUGAACAAGUUUCACGGAUGGGGAUCUGGUAUCAAGGGACAUCGGUAGCGCCGGCCGUGUCUUCUCUGGCCUCAUAUGGCUUCCUCCACUACACCAACUCCCAUCCACAUCUCCAUUUCAAGUCGUGGCAAAUAUUGUUCCUGGUCUUCGGGAUCAUCACAAUUGCCAUCGGCAUCUUGGUUGUGCUCUUCCUCCCCGACAACCCUAUGAAAAGCCGGUUGUCGGCGGAAGAGAAGAUCUACAUUAUCGAGCGAGUUCGAGAGAAUCAGACGGGGAUUGAAAACAAGAGAUUGAAGACCAAGCAAGUCAAGGAGGUGCUCACCGAUUACAGAACCUGGCUGUUGAGCUUGGUUGUCAUCACGACCAAUGUGCCCAACGGUGCCGUCAGCUCUUUCUCGAGCAUCAUUAUCGAGAACUUUGGUUAUGAUGAAUACACAACACUGCUUCUCAACCUUCCAGGAUGCGCGGUUGCCUUUGUGUCGGUCGGUUUCGGAACAUGGUGGGCGGGCAAAUACAAUGGCAGGGGUAUCGCCAUCAUCGUCCUCACCAUUCCGACCUUACUUGGAGGAGCUUUGAUGGCGUGGCUGCCUCCUGAGAAUAAGGGAGGCUUGCUAGCCGGCAAUUUCAUGACCAACACCGUUGGCGCGACCCUUCCGCUGUUGUAUAGCUGGAUCACGUCGAACUAUGCCGGACACACGAAGAAGAUCACCAUGAACGCGCUUGUCCUGAUGAGCUUCUGUGUGGGCAAUAUCAUUGGGCCCGAGACCUUCCAAGCCAAAGAUGCACCCCAAUACAUCCCGGCCAAGCUUACCAUUGUGGUGAUUCUCGCCGUGGCCAUUGCACUGGCGAUCACGCUGGAUUUGCUUUAUGCAUGGGAGAACAAGAAGAGGGACCGCGAAGAACCACAAGACCUGCCACCGGACCACGAGUUCCUUGAUAUGACAGACAAAGAGAACAGGAACUUCAGAUAUCUGUUGUGA